UUUCGAGUGUUGUUUAUUGUUUUAAUCAAAGUUAGUUGCUCCGCUUGUCAGUUUACAUAAGCAAUCGCACAGGUGGGACUGAAUCUAAUCGACUGUCCUCUGACCGGCCAGUUUCCAUCCGCAGCGCUCAGAGUUACUAAGUUUAGUUGACCACUUUUCCGAUUCGGAGACACAGGUGCAUUUUCCGUGACCAGAGCCCCAAAAAUAAAAUGGAGCAGUGGAACAAUGUGGAGCUGACGAACAUGUCCAAAAAGUCGUAUACCCUGAAUCAUGCCUACGAUGCCGCCGAGAAGUUGAACAAGGAAAACACGGCAAAGUCCUCGAAUGGCAAUGGCACCAGUGCCGAUGAAUCAGCAGCUGCAGAUGGCGAUCUCCUCAAGCCCGGAUCGGAUGUGCGCCCAAAAGUGGAGCCCGAGGACGUGGAGAGCCUGCUGCGACGCCUCUACGGGAUCACGAUAAGCGAGGUUAAGGAAAUCGUCGCCUACGACGAUCGCAACUUCUUUGUCAAGGAGGAUAGUAAUGUUAAGAACCCCCUCAUUGUGACCCACUGUCCACAAGGAUACGUCCUGAAAAUCCUCAACUCACUGGACUCUAAGAAAGAGGACUUCGUGGAUGCCCAAAACCAGAUGCUGCUUUACUUGGGAAAACACAGUGUGAAGUGCCCACGACCAGUAGCCAAUGCAACAGGAAAGUAUUACUCCGUGGAACGGCUGAAUGGGAACUCGAAUGUGGUGCGACUGCUAGAAUUUAUACCGGGAGAGAUCUUCCACCAGGUGCCGGUGACGAAGCACCUGCUCUACCGCAGCGGCGAAUACUUGGCCAGAUUGGAUCGGGCGCUCAAGAACUUCAACCACCAGGCAUAUGAAACCCACAAGACCUUGUGGAUGCUUCAGAGUGUUCCGGAGCUGAGGCAAUUCCUGUACGUGGUGAAGGAUCAGGAGCUGCGGCUUAUCUGCGACGAGGUGAUCGAUGCCUUCGAAGCCAAGGUUCUGAGCCAACUGCCCUCUAUGGAGCACCAGAUCAUCCAUGGGGACUUCAACGAACAGAAUAUAGUGGUGGAGCAGGUGCCCAAUCAAACUGAAUAUACCAUUAAGGGAGUUAUUGAUUUCGGUGAUACAAGCAAAUCGCCACUGAUCUUCGAAAUUGGUAUUGCCCUCACUUAUAUGAUCCUGCAGGCCAAUGAUUUGGCCAAUGGUGGCAUAUUUCUGUCCGGUUAUACCAGUCUGAACCCCAUUGAGAACUCCGAGCUGGCCCUUCUCAAGUACUGUGUGGCUGCCCGAUUGGUUCAGAGCCUGGUAAUGGGACUCUACACCCACACGCUGCAUCCCACAAAUGAGUACCUGCUGGUGACCCAGGAAAAGGGAUGGAAGCUCCUCCAGAAGCUGUGGCGCGAGAGCUUGGGCGAUAUUGAUGAGCUGUGGGCAAGCACUGGACACCAGUACUUGACGCAGAGCAAUAAAUAAUAUAAAAUUCCGAGGGGCUUUUCCGAUUUUAAAGGUA